UUACACACCCGCCGCCAUUCGCAACCCGCAAACCGCCGCAAUGGAACGACUCGACGGCGGAGCCGCCGCCCGUUUUAACAACCACCGCACACCUCCGUCGGCCGUCGAUAGGUUCCUCGGGACGCGAUACGAGGAAUCGAGCUCCUUGCAGGCGCCGCCGCUCGAACUCUCUGAGGACGAUAUUUUCAGCACGCCGUCGGGGAGUUUGUCGCCGUCGCCGACUCGACGGCGAGUGAAUCCGUCUCAGAUCUCGGCGCGGAGCGCCGGCGGAAACGAUUACGGCAUAUUAGCGGCUCUAAACGGCAAUUCGAAGACCGGAUCCGUUCCUCGAUCAGAAUACGAUGCACGACCUGUGUUUAACCGUAGAGCCUCCGCCUUGUCGUCUCUUUCCUCUUCAUUAUCUCCGACUCCCGCCGCAUCAUCUAGAAUAAUGAUUCCGAGGCCGCCACCGCCGCCGCCGCAAGAGGAUAGGGUGAGACUUCGACAUCAGUCGGCGCCGGUGAGCGUUCCGGUGGUUCCGAAGGCAUUGCAGAGGAAGGUGAGGGAAUUAGAAGAAGUCGUCUGGGAAGAAGAGGAUGAGGAGGACAGCGGCAACGGCAUGAUUAUGCCACCACACGAGGUGGUGGCGGCGAGGCAUUCGCCGAUGCUCGCUUCGUCGGUGCUGGAGGGAGCCGGCCGGACGUUAAAAGGUAGGGAUCUCCGGCAGAAAUACUUUACAAAAAUGGCACUCACCUUCUCGCCUCAACGGCAAUUCCCCGCCGCCGUCUCCCUCCCCACCGUCUCCGCUGCAACACCGCCGCCACCAUCUAUCUCCGUUUCCUCCCCUAAUUUCUCGAAAAUUGCAUUCCGGUACCGCCUCAAGUCCGCUCGUAUUAUCCCCAAAUCGAAAUCAGGCGGAGAAGAGGAAAAUAGUGGGAACAGCAGCAGUGAGGAAGCGGCCCCAGCGGAGGAUGAAAUGAAGAAACCGGCGGCGGUGAAGGAGGAAGCGGAGGGGCUUCUCGGCGGUGUUGGUGAGGAAAUUCGGGAAAUUGAGUGGCCGGCGCUGGGGAAGGUAGUCGGGACGACGGGUGUAGUCCUGGCUGUUAUCGCCGGCUCCAGCGUAGUUCUAUUGACGGUAAACGCCGUCCUGGCCGAAAUCUCCGACGGUAUUUUCGCCGGAAAAGGUGUUCAAGAUUUCUUUGGAUAAGGAUUCAAACCCUCUUUUCCCGGGUCGGGUCGGGUCGGUUACUGCAUAUACUGCCUUUGUUGUGUGUCCAGUGAAAUAUGCAGUUCUUGUGGUCAUUGCUGUGAAGCAUCUUUACAUAUUUAUAUGUUUGCUUAACUAUUCUUUUUAGUGAUUCUCUCUAAUGGCGUUGCUAA